CUGCUGCUCGCUUGUCUGCUCCAUCGAACCUUCGCACUCGCUAUCGCCUCCAGAGGUUUCUGAUAGCUGUUGUAGCGGUUGUGCCCGUUCUGCUGCUUGUCGUACUUUCUCUGGUCGCACACGCAGUGUUGACGGAGGUGUUGCCCACCGCAGACGUUACCAGGCUUUCGCCUAGAGCUCUUGAGACCGUCGUGGAGGGACCGUAGCGUCGCUCCUUGUUUUGGUGAAGACGCGCAUGGCGGUCCCCGACGAUGUUCUCUUGGCAGUAUGGGCACCUUUCGGCGCUGCUUGUCUGCUGUGCCUCUGCGUGUCCUGGGUGUACCUGUGGCGGCUGAGCCUGCGCCGGGAGCGGGAGCCCCUGGCCCUGGCAUGUGGCACAAUCUCCCUGGCCGCCAGCCUGGCGGCAGCCGCACUUGUGCCAGCAGAUGUCUCUCUAGUGUCUGCCAUGAAAGGGGACGAUGGCACCUUCCAGCCCUGGGCAGCCAAUGAAUCCUACCGAAAGGCAUUGCAGUCGCAAGUCCAGCUUGCCUACUUCGUGCUGUAUGGACUGCUGGUGUUGCUGGCCUUCGUGGUGCUGCCCUUUGCCUACUUCUUCUCGGAGGAGAAGGACGACACCCUCGACAGGGGAGCCUGCUCGCGGGCCGUGUCGGCACUGAAGUACACAGUCCUUUUCCUGUUGGUGGCUGGUGUGCUGCUCACUAUUGGGGCAGUAAUUCCAUUGAGGCAGGCUCCUCCGAGCAACAGCACGGAGUGGGACAAGAUCCGUUUUCUGGUGGAUGAACUGGCGGCCAGCCGUGGCGAGGACUCCCUGAGAUUUCUGCUGUCACUGUUUGUGCUGGUCGGCAUGUUCCUGCUUAUCGUCUACACGGGCUUCGGGAUGUCUGCCCUGCCCCUGCGUCUGGUACUGGGCGAGCGCAGCGCCACCAUGGAGGUGGCGGACGUGAGUGAGCGGCGGCGUGCCCUUCGCACCCAGCUGGACUCGCUGGCACGACACGGAGGGGGUUCCGAUCGACAGCGCACGGUCCGCCUCGAGGAGCAGCUGCACAACCUGGACGAGCGUCAGCGUCGCCUGGAGGAGUUUCGGGGAAGCUGCUCCUACCGGCUGCGCUUCCUCAUCAGGCCUCUGCAGAUCCUGUUGGGAGUGGUGUUUGCCCUUCUGGGCUUGCUACUGUGGACGUCACUUCUGCUCUCCAAUGUGGACAAAGCAAUGCACUCGCUGGGAUUUCGAAUGGGCUACCUGUUGGACCACCCUCAGCUUCCGAAUCCGCUGGACUUGUCGCUUGUGUGGCUGCAGCGCUGGGGUGCCUCAAUUCUGGACUCUGCGCUCAUACUAGCUCUGCUGCUGUUGCUGAUUGCAUGCUCCACGUACGGAUUGCAGCGCGUCGGCAUCUGGUGCCUCUUUCUUCAGAUGUACCGCCUACGGAUGGGUCGAGCAAGGCCGCAGGGUUACUGCUUCUGCUGCAUGGCACUGGUGUUUGUGGCGCUGGCGCUCAACGUGCUGCUGCACUCGGCCUGCCCGCAGUACGCCACCUAUGGGUCACAACGUUACCAGGGUGUUAACGGCACACAGCCCUGCGAUGCGCAAGCACUUCCAGAUGAUUGUGUGAUGAGCCGCGGAAGCGCCAUGCUAGAGGGAUUCUUUUUCAAGGCCUGGAUCUUUGGCGCCGCUUUCUACUGGGCCACCUGGCUCUUCCUGGGGAGCAUGGUGGUCUCCUUCCUUGUGCUGAUGGUGCGUGGGCGGCAGUCAUCGGUGGAGGUCGACACCGAUGAAUUUGAGGACGACGAUGAAGAGCCCCUCGUUCGCGCCUGAACGAUACGACGUGCCAUUAGUCGAGGCCACUUGGCGUGCUAUCACCACGUUCUGAGUCCACCCCUGUGAGAGAUCAGUCCCUUUUCGGUGUUUGCUGUUUUCCUGUGCUCCAUCAUCUCUCAAUAACAGGCAUUCUUUACUAGUUUUGGCUAAUGAACACACAGCCAAAUAUGUGUAUAUAAUUGCAGUCAGGUAUAUUGCUUAAGGCCAACUACAACAGAGUGUCACUUUAGCUAAAUCGGUUAUAAAUGAGUAUUGUGUACUAUUGAAGCAUUCUUGGUUAAGCUGCAGGGGCUGGCAGUUGUCUAGCUUUCUUAUUAGCAGGCUUUUGAAUAGCGCAUAAGAAUGUACGUGGUGGUUAGCAAAUAGGAAGUAAAUGCCAGUACGUCGCCUUGCCCGAGAUUUUUUUCAGCACGAUGCAGGCAGCCACAAGUGCUGCCUAAUCUCACAGGUCGUGCCGAGGGACUGCGCUGGUUUUCAACGUUCUAGGUAAUGCGUCACUUCUGGCAAGUGGUAAUGGCAGUGUUUUAAAAAAAUUCUUUCAGUUUUGGUGCCAAAAAUGUAUUUUUCUUUUUUAGCUUUUUGUGAUCAUCCAUUCGUACUCGUAACGUAAAAUUUUGCAUGGCGACUGCUCCAUACCUGCACUAUCUCAAACUAAGCUUAUUGUGCGGUCCAAAGUUUUGCUGCAGUUGGCAUUAACAUAUUCUUUUAUGGGCUCAGAAAAGAGCCCACAAUGUGUGAGCCAGGCACAUGCAGGCAAACGGUCUUAAGGAGUAUGAAAAUGUUUUAGAAAAGGCCUUGGUACUUGAACUUUGUGACCCUGUCUAUAGCACAGUGGUCUCUAGUCUCACUGGCACUACAAUUGUGCAGUGAGCAAUUGCAUGCUAAGGUUGAGAAGAACCUCAUGCUGUUGCAUUGCUAAAAGCCAACUUGCGGUUUCCCACUGCUACUAAUAGUUGACAUGACCGGGAGUGUAGUGUCGUUUAUAUUCUCCUAUUAAAGCAUUGGAAUGAGUGUGUGUGUGUGUGUAUUUCAUGAGAUAAAUUUGUGUGCAAACGAGAUAGUAUUUAUAGUUUGCAGGCAGCAUCGCACAGAAGAGUGGGAAAUACUACAGCCCAUAUCUUACACUUGUGUAUUGCUGAAAAAAAACCUUUAUAGAAAUGUUUUUUUUUCUUGGUUUCUUGCAGUUUUAUUAGGUAUGCUAAAGGUUAUUGUAAGUUACUUGUACACAUUUUAAUUGAGAACCAUUGUUAUUUCAUUCGAAAUAAGGUUUAUUCUAAUAGCACAGAGGGGUCAGUUUAUGUGUGAGAGCAAGACAAUGUAUGCAGCUGACUGCCACGGUGCUUGUGAAAACGUUCCAGCAUCUUUACGAUAGCAAGCUUUUGUUGUGAAGUUCUUUUGUCAUCCACUGAUGUCAAUUUGUUGACCAAGAAGUUCUUCAUUGGUAGUGGCACCAGGAACAAUAGAAAUAGACUAGUGCUGUGCAGUUGUGAAAAUUACUGAGCCCUCUGCUUACUUUUUAUCUUUGAUGUGCUUCUCAGUCAGUCAGGCCAGAGAUAAUCAUUCAGAACUAUGUAUCAGUUACAUUGCUUUCGCGGUUUGUGAGUAAUGGAACUGUAUAUACACAAGGCUCUUCACAGAGUAUCGGUGAGGUAGGCCUAAGCAGCAACGCUGGCACAAAGGCAUUGGCAACAAUGAAAUAAGGAAUGCAUGUAGUCGAACUUCAUUAUAACAAAGUACCGCACUGACACAAAAAUACUGUCGUUAUAAGCAAUAUUAGUUACGAGUAGAUAUUCAUUGCAUGCUGAUAUCGGUGAGAAAUAUUUAAUUUGAAAAACUUCAUUGUGUUCGAUAAUUUGUUAAAUUCAUGUUCGUUAUGUAGUUGCGUCUGUAGUGGCUUUUUUCUUUUUUCUCCGAAAAAAGAUGCGGCUGUGAGCGCUUUGGCUGCCAACCACAUCUUCACUGCUUUGGUAUUCAGCAAAGUGUAAUAUAUAUACCUUGUAAAUAUAUUGCAGAUAUAUAUUUCGUAAACCUCACCCCUUAUAUAACACCCCAAAAGGUGUCUUUGAGGAAAAUAAAGUGGUGUGUUGUGAUGUGAUAUAUAAACAGGCUAAAACCCUAUAAUGUCUCACUGCAGUAUACAACUGUGUCUGUAAUUUCACGUGAUGUGGCACAUAUGGCACAUUCAUGGCACAUUUGACUGGUCUUUUCAGAGCACUCCAGCAGUGCUUCGAAAACAGCAGCAAAGCUCUAGUGUGGACGUAAGUGGGCUCCAGUAGUGUUAAUGAAGCUGGAUUAUCGCUACUAUACCCAAGUAUUCUGGUAGCACAGCUAGAGCGCUCUAAAAUGUCCAGUCGAAUGUCCAUAACUGCUGUGGAAAACCAAGAUAGCCUGUUCCUUUAGUUGCUGACAGUACCCAAAUGUGCUACGAGCGAGUCAGACUUGACAUUAGAUGUUUUUGAAACUCAAAGGAAACUGUACAUAAUAUAUACGCUGUGUGCUGACUGUACAAUUCUGCAAAAGCAGUGUUUUUAUUUUGCUUGUUCUUGCCCUUCCACACUACCUAAUGUUGGAAUGAAGUGCAAAUUAAAAUAAAGAUAAGUUUGACAUCUCCCCCUG